CGCGGCAGCCAAUAAUGACGUGGGGAAAGUCGAAAAAUAAUCCCCAUCCCGCAAUGGGCAUCACGUGAUGCUGAUCGUCCAACUUCCACUCCUCACGAUAUCCGAGACCGUUUAACACCCUUCGACUCGCAUUGAAGGCCGCGUUCACAGCUCAUCAGCCGCCAAGAUGCCUCAGGAUUUGCCUCCCGUCGGAGGCUAUGCGCCUGUCCAGUACAAGCGCAACCUUCCCGCUCGUGGCUUCAGGCCUGUCUACUACCUGGUCGGAAUGCACUUGAUCAUGGCCUACGGCUACUACAAGCUCUUCUACGGUAUUCGUGAACAGAAUGAGCUCGCCCGCGAGAAGAUGUGGUCGCGUAUCCACCUGAUCCCUCUCCUCCAGGCCGAGGAGGACCGCGACCAGGCCCGAAGAUACUUUGCCGACAAGGCUCGUGAGAAGGAGCUGCUUGGUACCGAGACCAAGGUCUACAACAGCGACAGAUUCAUCCGUCCCACCUUCGCAUACACCCCUAGCAACCUCUCCAAGUAG